AUGGCCUCUCUCCCAGACCACUUCGACCGGCCCGUCCAUAUCGCCGUCAUCGGCGGCACCGGCCUGACCAAGAUCGAUGGCUACACGCCCGUGGCGGCCAUCAACCCAGAGACGCCCUGGGGCUUCCCCUCGGCGCCGAUCCAGAUCCUCGAGCACAACGGCGUGCCCAUCGCCUUCCUGGCCCGCCACGGCCUGCACCACCAGCUGACUCCCCACGAGGUGCCCGCCCGCGCCAACAUCGCUGCCCUGCGUCACAUCGGCGUGCGCACCGUCAUUGCCUUCAGCGCCGUUGGCUCCCUACAGGAGCACAUUCGCCCCAUGGACUUUGUCAUCCCCGACCAGGUCAUCGACCGCACAAAGGGCAUCCGCCCCUUCACCUUCUUCGAGGACGGUAUCGUCGGCCACGUCGGCUUUGCGGACCCCUUUGAUGCCAAGAUCGCCGCCGUGGUCAAGAAGUGCGCGACCGUCAUGACUGGUGUGGGAAGCACGCUUCAUGAGGGAGGCACGGUUAUCGUCAUGGGUAAGGAGACACUCUGCCUUAGCGAGGGGCCCCAAUUCUCUACGCGCGCCGAGUCCAACAUGUACCGCACCUGGGGCGGCUCCGUGAUCAACAUGUCGACGCUGCCCGAGGCCAAGCUCGCGCGCGAGGCCGAGCUGGCCUACCAGGUGAUCUGCAUGGCGACCGACUACGACUGCUGGCACACGACCGAGGACGUCGACGUCGCCAUGGUCAUGAAGUACAUGGAGGCCAACAGCGUCAACGCCAAGCGCCUCGUCGGCGCCGUCCUCGACGAGCUGUCCAAGCAGGACCACAGCGACGUCGUCCUCGCCAAGCACUGGGCCGGCAGCGUCACCAUGGCCGCCAAGUACAUCACCAAGCCCGAGGGCCGCAGCCCAGAGGCCGUCAAGAGGAUCGAGUACCUGUUCCCUGGGUUCUUCGACUAG